AUGGAAUGCGACAUCUGCCACCGCCCGCACGACGCCCAGCGCCGGCCGUUCUUGUGCGCUGUAGAUGCUCGAAACAGAAUCUACGAAGGCCGCAUGAAGAACCUGCAGCUCAUGCUUGAGAACGACACGCUCAAGGCGCAGAUCAACGAGCUUUUGGCUGACACCCGGCCAAAUAAGCACUCCCUGGAUGAGGUCAUCUCACACAAGCAGGCCGCCGAGCACAAGACUGACCAGAUCCUCGCCGCCGCCGAACAGCUUCGCGGUGACAUCAGGGCCGCCAGGGACGAGAUCCAGGCCCGGAAGGCGGCGCUUGCUCGGCGAAAGUCCGAUCUAGCCUCUGUCUCGGCCGGCCUAGCAGAACGGAGGGCCAAGCAGCUCAAAGACGUAGAGAAGUCGAUUCACGUGCUCAAAUUCCGAUGGUCUCAAACUGCCGAGGAUACGGCUUCUACUCGUACUUUCUUAUGUGCGGAAGCCGUUCGGCUCUACGGUCUAAAACGAGUCGCGAAGAGAGGCAUCACGGGGCGCUACGAAUAUAGUCUCGGCAGGGUUCCCAUUGUGGACCUAACUAGUAUGGACUCCCUUUCGCCCGAGGUCAUCUCAACCUCUCUCUCCCACGUCGCCCACGUCCUCUUGCUGGUCUCCCAUUAUCUUUCCAUCCGCCUCCCUGCCGAGAUCAUCCUCCCCCACCGCGACUAUCCCCGACCAACCAUGUUCACCGUCCAAAACUCAUAUCGCCAUGGCGAUGUUUCCUUCCCCGGCAGUCUCAUGACCGCUCCCCUCUCUGAUACCCCCUUUGCCAACUCCCACGUCCCUCGACCUCGCCCUCUCUUUGUGGAUAAACCACUACCGCAGCUCUCCAAAGAAGAUCCCGCAAACUAUUCCCUGUUCCUUGAAGGCGCCACGUUGCUGGCUUAUGAUGUAGCCUGGCUUUGCUGUUCGCAAGGCGUGUCCGUUGGUGAUAGGACUUCGUUUGAGGAUAUUUGCAACAUGGGCCGGAACUUGUACAGCCUUUUGAUGAACAACCAAUAUUCAGGCGUCAACAAUUUUGCUCCGGGAACGAAUGACCAUAUUGGAGGCCAGAACGCCGACGAAAAGCGGACUUGGAUCGGCCGUUUUGCUCAUGGCACGACCUUUUAUUCCCUCAACGACGACGAAGGAACCGAGUUUAUCAAGUCCUUCAAGCUCCCCAACCCUUUGAAACUCGCCGAUAAGCUAAAGAAGAAGCUUCUCGGAGAUGCACCCGCGCCUGAUUGGGAGGUCCUUGGCGAUGACGAAUGGAAGGACGAAGGCUUGGCUGGAAACGGGGCGUUUGAUCCAAGGGCGUUGGGAAACAGGAAUGGCAGUCUUGCUGAUGUGAAAGACUCGCCUCGGACUAGCAACUCGAAUGGGUGGAUGAAGGUGAAGAGCAGAUGA